AUGGCCCACACCAUGGCUCGGCCGCGCGGCAACCCGUCGGCCGUGGGUUCGACGCCCGAGCUCCUGCAGCAUAUCGCGACGUUUGUUCAGCACGGACCAGCGCUGUUUCGGCUCGUUGACGCGCUCCCAGCAGACGCCAAGUCGCCGGCGAUGGCUGCGCUCAGCGCCUUGCGCUCAACGCCGACAAUUUGCGUCGAUUGGCCCCGCAUCACUGUCCUCGCAUCAACAAGCGAGGCGACCAAGCAGCACCUUGCCAACAUCGACGCUCUCGGCGCCAUUGUCGCCAUGGGUGCACAAGCCACCAGCGCCGCGCUACUUCACGAGCGCCAAAGCGUCCUUCACUGCGUUGAAUUCUGCACUCUGCGAGCGUCCACGCUUAGCGAGGCAACGGCGCUCGGCGGCAUCCUGGCUGCAUGUCGUCGGCUGCGCAUCGUCUCCUCCUAUGGCAAGAUGGGCUUUGCUGCGGUGGCGGAGAUAUUUUCCCACUUGCCACUCGGCCAGCUCACGGAGCUCACGUUGCGCGGGAACCAUCCUGCCUCUGUUGCAUCGAACGUCGCUGCGAUGCUGGUGCAUGGGCGCUGUCGACGCCUCCACCUCGUCGACUCGACGUUCGGCGACAUGAAGCUCGAGGAUAGCCUCCGCGACCUCGUGUUCAAAAACGACAUCGGUACCCCCCAAUACGCUGUAGAUGUCCACGCGUGCUUCAUGGAGCAGCAGCUUCUGCCGCGCAACCUACGUCGCGUCGACCUCGAGCUGAACAUACUCGCCAAGUGCGCCGACCACAUAACGCGCUACGCCGAUCCAAACCUGCGCCCCGGGCAGCGCCUUGCGUUUGAAGACUGCUCUGCCGCAGACAUCGCCUCGUUUCGGAUGAUGUUGCUGUCCGCCGAGCGACUGGCGCACUUUACGGGGCGCCUGCUGGUGCACGUCGCCAACGAGCCGGGGUUGUACCCAUCGCUCGGCCGCCUCACGUCGCUGUGCAUGCCGCUGUCAGGACAAUCGCCCGACGUCUGGCCUGCGCGCUUUCUUCGGAUGCUACCGCAUCUCGCGUCGCUCAAGCACCUCGAGCUGCAAUAUGCAGCGGUGUGCGGUGACUUUCAGCGCGAGCUUACGCUGGGACUGGUCCACUGCACCAAGCUGCAGUACCUCUAUGUUUCUGCAAGUAGUCUCGACGAAGCCUUGUGGCUGGCGCACCUGCCGUGCCCAAAGCUGGACGCGCUCCGGGUGCGGUUCCCCAAAUGCGCUUCCAGCGACCUCGUGCGACUGAUCAAAGGAAUCGCUGCCGCGCCGUUUACGCUGCGCUGGCUGUGCGUCGAGAAAGAGUCGUGGCCCAAGGGUGACCGCGCGCGCAACAUUAAGACGCUGGCUGCCGCCAACAUUGCGCUCGAGUACGUUUCACACGACGUGAAUUUGUACCAACAGCGUCGGUCGUACAACUACUGGGACGUCCAGUCGACGAACCACACGCGCCUCGUCGUCUUCGUCUAUGAAGGGUCCAGAGUCAGUGUUUAGUGAUGUGCACGGAUCGGAUCGACC